AUGUUAACCACACUCCUACCGAAACCAAAGCAUGCAGAGUACAUCUCUCCCGAACCAAUCUUAUCCCGAAUCACAACCACCCAUCACCACCCCAACCACCACCAAAAGAACACGCAAAUCCUAACGACAUCGAAACUAACAGAAACACACCACACACAAUACGACUCCACCAUCCCCCUCAAACGACGAUUCCCCAACCUAAUCCACAACUUCCCGCGCCCCGAACCCGACCACGACGUAAUCGAAGCCACCAAACGCACAUUCGAGCUCAAAUUAUCUCCCCCCGCUCCAUCACCACACAAAGCAGGAACGACAUACGUCGCAAACGACGGCCGCACCAAAAUAUACACGGAGGACCCCAUGUUGCCGCCGAAGCACAAGCUAAGCAAAAACAGACACGAACGGCCGCUGGCCCCCACGCCAAUAUUGAAGAUAGACGAUGCCUCAUCGGGCGCGAAGUUGAGCAAGGAGGAGCGCGCGCAAUGGGAUGUGCCUGCUGCGAUAUCGAACUGGAAGAACAACCACGGGUUCGUGAUCGGGCUCGAUAAGCGUAUGAUGGGAAGUAAGCGCGUGCGCGAGGUGGAGGCGGAGGAGGAGGAUAAAGCAGGGGAAGAGAUGAUUAAUGUUGAGAAGUUGAGUGCUUUGAAUCGCGCUUUGAAUGACGCCGACGCCACGGCUCGUCGGGAGAUCCAGGUGCGCAACGAGAUGAGGGCAGAGCGGGAUCGGUUAGAGGCUGAGGAGCGACAAGCUCGCAUUCGUGAGAUUGCGAGAAGGAAUAAACGGAGGAGAUAUUGA